AGUGCUGCGGCUUUGAAAACUUACGAAACUUUAAAAUAAAAACUCUUCUCUUUUUACUUCGUCGUCGCUAUUUUUAACCUAAAAACAUGUUUCGGAGGUGUAGGGCAUUACAAACAAUCAUAAAACAAGCAACUUGCAAUCGACCUAGCGUCAAAUAUCAAGUUUUGAACCAUUACACCAGAAAGAUGGACUGCAUGUAUGUGCCUGCUACAAACUAUGGUGUAAUUGCCACUGCAACAGAGAAAGUAAAAGAUAAACUUGGAAUGACUCCCAUGAGAUAUCCAAAAGCUAAAAUGUAUUGGGGUGCAUACCGGUUGUAUAUGUGUGCAGUUGAACUGAUAGAUUCUGAUUAUUUUGUUAAAGAAUUAGGAUUACCAGAUACAUUUAACUCAUGGUUUCUAAUGACAGAACUGCAUCUAUGGAUGAUAAUGGUGCGGCUUGGCUCAGAGGGUCGAGAAGGGCGCUAUGUUAGGAAUCAACUCAUACAGGCUCUCUGGAGUGACAUCGAAGUCAGGUCAAAGAAGAUUGGGGAGGGAGUAUCUUCCACAGUAAGGAAGAGUGGGGUGCAACAAUUGAAUGAGCAUUUCCAGGGAGCUUUAUUUGGUUAUGAUGAGGGUCUCCUUGGUGAUGAUUACAUCCUAAGUGGUGCCAUCUGGCGUAAUGUAUUCAACAAGGACACUGAUGAACCAGAGAAAAUAGAGACAGUUGUCCAAUAUAUCAGGAAGAAUAUCAAAUACUUAGAGUCUCAGUCAACAGAAAUUAUUCUUGUCAAUGAAGGACGUCCGCAAAAAUUGACCAACAUGUCUGAUGCGGAAGGAGAUGAUGCCGGAGCUGCUGCAGCACCUGUUGCAGUCGACUCUGGCCCAAUGGAUAUGAACACAGCUGUUCAGGAGGUACUGAAGAAUGCAAUGGUCCAUGAUGGACUCUCAAGAGGUCUCCAUGAAUGUGCUAAGACACUUGACAAGCGUCAAGCUCAUUUGUGUAUCCUCGCUAACAACUGUGACGAACCCAUGUAUGUCAAACUUGUUGAAGCUCUCUGUGCUGAACAUGGAAUCAACCUCUUGAAGGUUGAGGACAAUAAGAAGCUAGGAGAGUGGGCUGGUCUUUGCAAGAUCGACAAAGAAGGCAAGGCAAGAAAGGUUGUUAGCUGUAGCUGCGUUGUUGUUAAGGAUUAUGGCAAAGAAACACAGGCCUUGGAUGUUCUCAAUGAGUACUUCAAGUCUAAGCGAUAAUCUGCCAGUGCCAUCACCACCUGAGACUGUACAACAAGCAAACAUUUUAGUGACUAAACCUAAAAAAAUAUAAAACACCACCACUAUAUUUGAUUGAAAUUGCUUGUUAAAUUGCAGUUCAAUAAAGCGUGGAUUAAAAAAAAUUGAAAAA